AUGCGUCGCCAUGAGUUUAACGAAGCGGUCUACUACGAGUUUAUCAGAUCCGAUAUUGUACUACGCGCUAAGGUCACUUACGGCACUUUGAACCGCAUGGUAGGAUCGGACAUCCAGUCCCUUUGGAAUAUUGCUAAUCGGAUAACAGCCGAGAUUUCGAGAGCUGUAACAGCAAAAAGUGUUCGACGAAUUGACAGCAGCGAAGGAUCGACUCCACCACGUAACUUGUGCCUACCAACACGUGACGCCUCCAUAUCUGUGGACAACUGUGUCAAGUUUUGGCAGAUUCAGGCGAACCCGCCUUUCAAAAAGAUUUAUCAUUCACGUUUUGGAUUACAAUAA